AUGGCUCAUUUUUUUGGAAAAUCGUUUUCAGCAUCAGUGACACAUAAGCCUUUUCUAUGGGUCAUUCGUUCAUCAUUAUUGAAAAUCUUAGAUUCAUUUGGUUUAUCAAAUAUGGUACCUGAAGGCAGUGCUACCUUCAAUGCGUUGAUGUCCACGUGGGAAAAUCUACAACCAUGUGUUGGUGUUACAGAAGUUCUCGCUAAAUUGGGCAGAAAAUAUCAAUUAGGAUUGCUUUCCAACGGUGAUAAAGGUACAUUGCAAGCAACCUUACGUGUCUUUCCAUCAUCGGUGAAUGUCUCAUUAAUAUUAUCGUCAGAUUAUCCAGUCAACUGUUUCAAACCAUGUUCAUCAAUGUAUGCUCAAGCACUAGCUGUAGUGAAUGGUGAUAGGACUCAAGUUUUCCAUGUAGCUGGUUCGACGUUCGAUGCGCAUGGUGCACGUACUUUUGGGAUUUUUUCAGGUGUAUUAGACAGUUCAGCAAUGCAUACUAAUCCUCAACCAUGCUUUGUUUUUGAUGAUAUACUACAGUUGCUUUCAUUCUUUGAUGUUUAA